UCCCACCCUGGAUUUUUUUUACAUCAAGAGGAAGAAGGAAAGGAAAAUGGCGGCCAGCUGCGAGCUAGGGUGGCUGUGAGGCUCUGCUCCUUUGUCAGAUUAUUCUUUUCAGAAUUGGAACAUUUUUAACUGCAACACAUUCUUUGCAAUUAAAGUGUUUUUCAUGUUUCAAAAAGAACUAUUGUGACUGGAAAAUGGUGAGAUCAAACUCAAGGUCGCAUUCUUCAAGGUCAAAAUCUCGAUCGCCUUCAUCCUCUAGAUCGAGAUCGCAUUCAAGAAAAAAAAGAUACAGUUCCAGGUCACGGUCUCGAACAUAUUCAAGGUCUCGCAGCAGAGAACGUGUUUAUAAUAGGGAUUAUCACAGAGAUUAUCGAAACAAUAGAGGAAUGAGGCGUCCAUAUGGCUUCAGACCUAGAGCAAGAGGUUAUUACCAAGGUGGUGGAGGCAGAUACCAUCGUGGUGGUUUCAGACCUAUGUGGAACCGAAGAUACUCUCGUAGUCCUAGGCGAGGACGUUCUCAUUCUAGAAGUCCAAGGAGAAGAUCUGUGUCAUCACAGAGGUCAAGGAGCCCAUCCCACCGGUCUUACAAGUCUUCUCAAUCACCAAAGUCUUCCUCUUCACGCUCCUCAUCACGUUAUAGCAAGUCACCAGUGUCAAAAAAACACACUUCAAAAGAGAAGCAGACCCAUAGAGUUGAUGGGGCUGAUAAAUCAGAAAGCCCCAAAAAUAGCAAAUUGUGUGAUGAUCCAAAGGAUGCAUUUGACCCCUCCGAGCCACUAGAUGAACUCGGCAAAGACUUGGAGAUACAUGGUGAUAGCUGGGCAGGUCUUUCUGCUUAUGAGAAUAGUCCUAGGUCACCUUGUAGUCCAUCUCCUGUUGCCUCUCCACCCAGCCAGAGUUCAUCCCACUCUAAUUAUCCUAACCUUAGUGUGAUUCAUUCUGCCAAAGACACUUUGUCUCAGAAUUCGCAUUCAGUCAUGCAUACUCCAGAAAUUUCUGGUUCUGGCUCUGGUGAAAAUGAUUCUACACGUUACAGCCCAUCCCAGAACAGCCCACUUCAUAACCCUUCCCAUAAGAGCCCAAUAAAGACUAUCUUAAGCCAGAACCCAUCACGGGAAGAGGGACGUUCUCGCUUCUCUUUGUACACAGACACUGUACAGCAGGAUCUCCCAAAAGUUACAAAGGCUUCCAAAAAGUAUGCAGAUGAUGACCAUAAAUUAUUCCCUAUUGAAAAGGCUAAUACAAAAGAAAAAGAGAUCCAGAAAGAGAGGGGGGCAGAGAAAAACAAGAAGGAGAUAGGUAGGAUUUGGGAUCAUGAGACUGCAGAUUAUUUUGGAGAGAAAGAAAGGGAGAAAUCUCCAUUUUUGACUAUUUCUGAGAGUGAAGACCUAGAGGAAACUGAAGACUACAGGCAGUUUAGAAAAUCUGUGCUUGCGGAUCAAGGGAAAGGUUUUUCUUCAGCUUCUCACUGGAACUCUGAUGAUGAGUCCACAAAAUGCAAGUCAAAAACUUCCACAAAAGUUAAUAAAGAGGGAGACAAAAAUAGGGAAGGAAAGGGGCAGAAAGUGGCAGAAAGGGCAUCAAAAGUUAAACAAAAGGAUGAAGAGAAAGUCAUUGAGAAAUCUAUGAAGAAGAAAGAUAAUCAGUCACCUGACAAGGUAAAAAGUGAUAAGCUUAAAGACAUCUUUAGUUACAGACUACCUUUACGUACAAGCACUGACAUAAAAGAGAAGAGCAUGUUCAGGGAAGAAAGUCCACUCAGGCUCAAAAUGAAAGCGACAGAGUCAAACCACCCUGAAGUUAAGCUGAAAAUGAUUAAUGUGCCUCUUGAUGAUAGCAGGCCAUCCUCUCUGACUAAUGACAGGCUGUUAGCCAGUACCCUUGUUCAUUCGGUCAAGAAAGAGCAAGACUUCCGAUCCAUCUUUGAUCACAUCAAGGUGUCCUUCGCCAGCAAAACAUCUCCUGAGUCCUUUACCUACCACAUUGUCUCUUUAGUACACCAAGUGAAAGAGCAUUACUUCAAGGGUGACGGAAAGACCCUCAGUGAAAGGUUUACAGAAUAUCAGAAAGUCACAUCAGAGCAUUCCAGCCGCCCAAAGAGCCCUGAAAUACAUAGGAGAAUAGACAUAUCUCCUAAAAUCCUGAGGAAGCACUCGCAUGUAGAGGAUGAAGAUAAAGUUACAAAAGAAGAGCCUCCAAAGGUAGAAAAAAAGAUAAAGAGUAACUCAGCUGAUGUGCGAAGUAAUGUUGAACGCCGAAAAAAGGAGCACCGCAAAGAGCGUGGAAACUCCAAAUGCUCCAGGGAAUCUAGUAGUUCGCGAAAGAAGGAAAAGACACACAAAGAUCUUAAAGAAUGCAGAGUUUUGAAGGAUGACAAUAAGCAUAAAAAAGAGCAUGAACCAUCUCCAACCCCAUCAUCUGGUAGUUCUCAUGAAGGAAAAGACAGUAAGAUUAACAGGGAUGAAGAAUUUAAAGAUCCUCCAGAUCCCAAAGAUUACCCUGUGUUUUCAGGAAUCGGCAGACCUAGGGGAACAUUUCAGUUUCGAAUUAGAGGCAGAGGCCGUGCACGAGGGGUGUUUGCUGGAACAAGUUCUGGUCCUGUGACUACAAGCACAAGUUUUCAAAAGAGGCCUAAAGAAGAGGAGUGGGAUCCAGAAUAUACUCCUAAAAGCAAGAAAUACUUCCUGCACGAUGACCGAGAUGAUGGAAUAGAUUAUUGGGCAAAGAGAGGAAGAGGCCGUGGUAACUUCCAGCGUGGCAGAGGGCGAUUUAUUUUUAAAAAAUCAGGGAGCAGUCCUAAAUGGACCCAUGACAAAUACCAAGGUGAUGGACUAUUAGAUGAUGAAGAUGAUGCAAUAGAAGAUGGACUCAAAGACGAAAAGGAGUGAUUUGCAAAGACACAAAGCAGAGGAGAGGAUGUACUUUUAUGUGAUCUUCAGUUGAAUGUAAACAUUUUAGUUUAAUUUUAUUAUUGAUUUACAAGUUUAAAUGGACUACAACUUAGUUUUAAAGAACUUCAAAACUUUGCAUAGCCAUGUGGAUACAUCUCAAAAGAAAAGAGAAUUCUUAAAUGAAGGACGACGGAGUGAUCUUUUAAGGAGAAGCUUUUAUGUGUUAAGUAUAUUUUGAAUUAAAUGUGUGGUGAGACUGUGAAUGUUUCUUUUCCCCUUUCAGUGAAUCAUCUAGCCGAACAUUUCUGUUUAUAUCAAAAUAUUACCAAUAAUAUAUUUCCUAAAAAGAAGUCUCUCGUUUGUUUGUUUUUUGUUUUGUUUUUUAUGGAAAAGUAAAGAUGAUGAGAAAUGAGAAAUUUCAAGCAUGCCUAAAUAAGGUUUUCUCUUGUAAGAUGUAUCGAGUCCACAGAUUCAUCCAUACUUAUGGGAUAUUCUCCUUCCCUUCAGAAAGUGGCAGAGAGAGCACCCACAGCAGAGCUGUCCAUAUAGCUCCUCCCUUAGCUCCACCCCUCAGUCUUUCUCUCUGCCUUCUUAACUGCUAGGAAGGGCAAAGAGGAGUGUGGUGACAAAUGUUAGUUUUUAUUUUCUCAAGCAAAAGUUUAUUUUAAAUGGUACCGGUGUGUACUAUUUACUCUCUGGCAGAAAAGGGAUGAAGAUUUCUGCAAGGAGGAUGAUGAUCUUAGCAUUUUGUAACUAAGAUCCACUGCUGUUCUCACAAUGGCUGAAGAGUACAGGAAAACUUCAGUUGGGGGAACAGUUUGCAUGCUAAGCUGCAUUGAGGUAUGUUCAGUCUAUUUUUUUCUAGACAGACUGUGUUAUUUCUAGAAAAGGCUGGCAAUAUCCCCAUGAGGGAAAGGUAAGCUGUAUUCAGUAAAAGAGGAAUCCAAGUUUGCAUAAAGGGCUCAUAGUUACUGGUGACACUAAUAGGAAAAAACGUUUUGGUUUAAUUACAAAUAAAACGAUUUUUGAGGGACUUUAAGGGGUCUUUGUGGCUUGUUUAAGGGUUAUUAACCCACAUGGCUAGUUUAAGAAACUCUGUGGUGUUUUUUAGGUCCCAUAACAUCAAGUGAGGUGGGAGGGGCCUAUUUUCAAUUGCACAGUUUAUUUACCUCAGAAGCAUCCAGCUACUUCUCCCGAGAUUCCUGCUGUAUUUGAGGGCUGUAAAGCGUUUUUUUCCCCCACAAAUCAUUCCUAAAGGGCAGGUAGGCGCCACAGCAGAGCUGUGGCAAGGUGCUGAACAUUAUUUUACUGGUUUUGAAGUUUUUUCAAUCCGUUUUUUACAUUAAGGUGUUAAUUGUUUAUUUCCAUACUGGUGCAAAGUUACUAAGGCUUUAUGAUGCUACUGUAAAAAAUUUGUUUUGUUUACUGCUUGUUUACACUGUUUUGCAGAGUUUGUGCAGCUUUUUUUCUCUUAAAGACACAGUACCGUUUUUGUUUAAAGUGUUAUUUUCUUUGAUUAAAGUGUUUUCUAAGCCUGUUUGUCUUACUACUAGUCUGUUAAACAUGUCUGACACCAAGGAAAAUCCUUGUUCUAUGUGUUUAGAAGCCAUUGUGGAACCCCCUCUUAGAAUGUGUCCCACUUGCACUGAUAUGUCUAUAAAUUAUAAAGAGCAUAUUUUAGCACUUAAAAAUAUUGCAAUAGAUGAUUCUCAGUUAGAAGGAAAUGAGGGUUUAGUAUCUAGCUCUCCCCAAGUGUCACAACCAGUAACGCCCGUACAAGUGACGCCAAGUACCUCUAGUGCGUCUAAUUCAUUUACUUUACAAGACAUGGCCACAGUUAUGAAUAAAACCCUCACAGAGGUUUUCUCUAAACUGCCUGGUUUACAAGGAAAGCGUGACCGCUCUGGGUUAAGAACAAAUGCUGAUCAGUCUGACGCUUUAGUAGCCGCAUCGAUAUACCCUCACAAUGUUCUGAAGUAGGGGUAAGGGAUUUGUUAUCUGAGGGAGAGAUUUCUGAUUCAGGAAAGACGCUCCCUCAGACAGAUUCUGAUAUGACGACCUAUAAAUUUAAGCUUGAACACCUCUGCUUAUUGCUCAAGGAGGUAUUAGCUACUCUAGAUGAUUGUGACCCUAUAGUGGUCCCAGAGAAAUUGUGUAAAAUGGACAAAUACUUAGAGGUUCCUGUUUACACUGAUGUUUUUCCAGUCCCUAAGAGGAUUGUGACUAUUGUUACCAAGGAGUGGGAUAGACCAGGUACUCCGUUCGCUCCCCCUCUUGUUUUUAAGAAAAUGUUUCCCAUAUCUGACAACAUACAGGACUCGUGGCAGACUGUUCCUAAGGUGGAGGGAGCUAUUUCUACUCUUGCUAAGCGUACAACUAUACCUAUCGAAGACAUUUGUGCUUUCAAAGAUCCUAUGGAUAAAAAAUUAGAGGGUCUCCUAAAGAAAAUUUUUGUUCAUCAAGGUUUUCUCCUCCAACCUAUUGCAUGCAUUGUUCCUGUAACUACUGCAGCUGCUUUCUGGUUUGAGGCUCUAGAAGAGGCUCUCCAGGUGGAGACUCCAUUAGAAGAUAUUAUGGAUAGAAUUAAGGCCCUUAAGUUGGCUAAUUCUUUCAUUACAGAUGCCGCUUUCCAAAUCUAAAUUAGCGGCAAAGAAUUCAGGUUUUGCCAUUUUAGCAUGCAGGGCGUUAUGGCUUAAGUCCUGGUCUGCUGAUGUGUCAUCAAAGUCUAAAUUGUUGAACAUCCCUUUCAAAGGAAAGACCCUAUUCGGGCCUGCACUGAAAGAAAUUAUUUCAGACAUCACUGGAGGGAAAGGCUAUGUCCUCCCUCAGGAUAAAACAAAAAAAAUGAGGACCAAACAAAAUAAUUUUCGUUCCUUUCGGAACUUCAAGGGUGGUCCCGCUUCAGCUUCCCCUGCAGCAAAGCAAGAGGGGAAUUCUGUCCAAUCCAAGUCAGUCUGGAGACCUAACCAGGCUUGGAACAAAGGUAAACAGGCCAAGAAGCCUGCUGCUGCCUCUAAGACAGCAUGAAGGGGUAGCCCCCGAUCCAGGACAGGAUCUAGUAGGGGGCAGACUCUCUCUCUUUGCUCAGGCUUGGGCAAGAGAUGUUCACGAUUCCUGGGCUUUAGAAAUUGUGUCCCAAGGAUAUCUUCUGGACUUCAAAGACUCCCCUGCAAACCAGACAAAGAGAGAGGCGUUCUUACGCUGUGUAGAAGACCUACAUACCAUGAGAGUGAUCCGCCCAGUUCCAAGAGCGGAACAAGGGCUAGGUUUUUACUCCAACCUGUUUGUGGUUCCCAAAAAAAGAGGGAACUUUUAGACCAAUCUUGGAUCUCAAAAUUCUAAACAAAUUCCUCAGAGUACCAUCAUUCAAGAUGGAGACUAUUUGGACUUAAAGGAUGCGUAUCUAUACAUUGCUAUUCACAGAGAUAAUCAUAAAUUCCUCAGAUUCGCCUUUCUGGACAGGCAUUACCAGUUUGUGGCCCUUCCCUUCGGGUUGGCCGCGGCUCCCAGAAUUUUCACAAAGGUGCUAGGGUCCCUUUUGGCGGUUCUAAGACCGCGGGGUAUAGCAGUGGCGCCUUAUCUAGACGACAUCUUAAUUCAGGCUUCGACUUUCCAGCUAGCCAAAUCUCACACGGACAUCGUGUUUGCUUUUCUGAGAUCUCACGGGUGGAAGGUGAACAUAAAAAAGAGUUCUCUCUUCCCUCUCACAAGAGUUUCCUUCCUAGGGACUCUGAUAGACUCGGUAGAAAUGAAAAUAUUUCUGACGGAGGUCAGAAAAUCAAAACUUUUAAUCACUUGCCGAGGUCUUUAUUCCAUUCCUCGGCCAUCAGUGGCUCAGUGUAUGGAGGUAAUCAGACUCAUGGUAGCGGCAAUGGACAUAGUUCCUUAUGCCCGCCUACACCUCAGACCACUGCAACUAUGCAUGCUCAAACAGUGGAAUGGGGAUUAUGCAGAUUUAUCUCAACUGCAUCUGGACCAAGAGACCAGAGAUUCUCUUCUCUGGUGGUUGUCUCAGGACCACCUGUCUCAGGGAAUGUGUUUCCGCAGGCUAGAGUGGCUCAUAGUAACGACAGAUGCCAGUCUGCUAGGCUGGGGUGCAGUCUGGAAAUCCCUGAAAGCACAGGGCUUAUGGUCUUGGGAGGAAUCUCUCCUCCCGAUAAACAUUCUAGAACUGAGAGCGAUAUUCAAUGCGCUUCAGGCGUGGCCUCAGCUAGCUGCGGCCAAAUUCAUCAGAUUUCAGUCGGACAACAUCACGACUGUAGCCUAUAUCAAUCAUCAAGACGGAACACAGAGUUCUCUAGCGAUGAUGGAGGUAACCAAAAUAAUCCGAUGGGCGGAGGAUCACUCUUGCCAUCUCUCAUCAAUCCAUAUCCCAGGGGUAGAGAACUGGGAGGCGGAUUUCCUAAGUCGUCAGACUUUUCAUCCGGGGGAGUGGGAGCUCCAUCCGGAGGUAUUUGCCCAGCUGACUCAACUAUGGGGCACACCAGAAUUGGAUCUGAUGGCGUCCAUCAGAACGCCAAACUUCCUUGUUACGGGUCCAGGUCCCGGGAUCCCCAGGCGGUACUGAUAGAUGCUCUAGCAGUGCCCUGGUCCUUCAAUCUGGCUUAUGUUUUUCCACCAUUUCCUCUCCUCCCACGUAUGGUUGCCAGAAUAAAGCAGUAGAGAGCUUUGGUGAUUCUGAUAGCACCUGCAUGGCCACACAGGACUUGGUAUGCAGAUCUGGUGGACAUGUCAUCCGUUCCACCGUGGACUCUGCCAAUGAGGCAGGACCUUCUAAUUCUGGGUCCAUUCAAGCAUCCAAAUCUAAUUUCUCUGCGUCUGACUGCUUGGAGAUUGAGCGCCUGAUUCUAUCAAAGCGUGGUUUCACUGAGUCGUUCAUUGAUACCCUGAUUCAGGCUAGAAAGCCUGUUACCAGGAAAAUCUAUUAUAAGAUUUGGCUCAAAUAUCUUUGUUGGUGUGAAUCCAAGGGUUACUCAUGGAGUAAGAUUAGGAUUCCUUGAAUUUUGUCCUUUCUCCAAGAAGGAUUGGAGAAGGGAUUAUCAGCUAGUUCCUUAAAGGGACAAAUAUCUGCUUUAUCUAUUUUUACACAAACGUCCGGCAGAUGUUCCAGUCGUUCAAGCAUUUAGUCAGGCCUUGGUCAGGAUCAGGCCUGUAUUUAAACCUGUUGCUCCGCCAUGGAGCCUAAACUUGGUUCUUAAAGUUCUUCAAGGGGUUCCGUUUGAACCUAUGCAUUCCAUAGAUAUUAAGCUUCUAUCUUGGAAAGUUUUGUUGUUAGUAGCUAUCUCUUCGGCUCGAAGAGUUUCUGAGUUAUCUGCUUUACAGUGUGACUCGCCUUACCUAGUUUUCCAUGCAGAUAAGGUGAUUUUGCGUACCAAACCUGGGUUUCUUCUAAUAGGAAUAUCAAUCAGGAGAUUGUUGCUCCUUCUCUGUGUCCUAAUCCUUCAUCAAAGAAGGAACGUCUGUUGCACAAUCUUGAUGUGGUUCGUGCUUUAAAGUUCUACUUACAAGCAACUAAAGAUUUCUGUCAAACAUCUUCAUUGUUUGUUGUUUAUUCUGGUAAACGGAGAGGUCAAAAGGCUACGGCUACCUCUCUUUCCUUUUGGCUGAAAAGCUUCAUCCGUUUGGCUUAUGAGACUGCUGGCCAGCAGCCUCCUGAAAGAAUUACUGCUCAUUCUACUAGAGCAGUGGCUUCCACAUUGGCUUUUAAAAAUGAGGCUUCUGUUGAACAGAUUUGUAAGGCGGCGACUUGGUCUUCGCUUCAUACUUUUUCCAAAUUUAGCUUCUUCUGAGGCUAUUUUUGGGAGAAAGGUUCUACAAGCAGUGGUGCCUUCCGUUUAAGGUGCCUGUCUUGUCCCUCCCUUCAUCCAUGUCCUAAAGCUUUGGUAUUGGUAUCCCAUAAGUAUGGAUGAAUCCAUGGACUCGAUACAUCUUACAAGAGAAAACAGAAUUUAUGCUUACCUGAUAAAUUUCUUUCUCUUGUGAUGUAUCGAGUCCACGGCCCGCCCUGUCUAUUUAAGACAGGUAGUAUAUUUUUAUUUAAAAAACUUCAGUCACCACUGCACCCUAUAGUUUCUCCUUUUUCUUCCUGGCCUUCGGUCGAAUGACUGGGGGGUGGAGCUAAGGGAGGAGCUAUAUGGACAGUUCUGCUGUGGGUGCUCUCUUUGCCACUUCCUGUAGGGAAGGAGAAUAUCCCAUAAGUAUGGAUGAAUCCGUGAACUCGAUACAUCACAAGAGAGAAAUUUAUCAGGUAAGCAUAAAUUCUGUUUUUUAAUCAAAAUUAUAUUUCCACACCACCAAUUGCUCUUUACAGGUCUCUUGUAUUUUAGAUCUUUCUUUUUUUUAUUUAUUUUUUAUUUACCUUUAAAGAGACAUCAAAGUGCAAAAAGAAAAUGCCUUAAUUUGUUAGAGCAAUUUAUUAUUGCACUGUUGCUUUCAUAUAACUAAGCCCUGAAAAAGUCAAAAUUAAACCUUCAUGAUUCA